GCAGGACCCACAUUUAAAGUCAGGAUGCCGCACUGGGACAAACCAAAUCGCGUUUUUGCGUUUAGUAGAAACGCUGAGACGAGUGCACAUUUUGUCCCAAACGUGUUUCCGUAAGCUCCGAGCUCGCCUCAUGAAAUCACCAGGGAAGAUGGCGGGUGCUGGAAAGAAAAGCGAAGCAGGAGCUCCAGGGGUUGUGGGAUGGAUCAGCUCCGCAUAUCGAUUUGCGACCGACAGGAAUGAUUUCAGAAGGAAUCUUCUGGUGAAUCUAGGUUUGUUUGCAGCAGGAGUUUGGGUGGCGAGGAAUUUGUCAGACUUUGACUUGAUGUCACCUCAACCAGUCACAUAGUCCUGGCCAAAUCAUGGGCUUUUGCAGGAGGAGAGGACCAAUUUCUUCUGAAUAAGAACAGAGCUUUCUACCAGAGGCAAUGAUGGGGCAAGAUCAGUGGACACUGAAUAGAAAACAGCCAAUGAAGCAUUGUUAAAGCUCUAGUACACACUUUUUAAAAAAAAGAAAAACAGUGAACAGCUGACUUUAUUACAAACUUUAUUUACUAUAAAUAAUGUUUCAUGUAUAACUUAAAGUUCACAAUCUAUAUGAUCUGACGUUCUAGCAGGUUUAGUCAUACAAGUGGAUUCAAAAAAGUUACAUAUAAUACUUAAUAAAAGUGUUUAAACAUU